AUGUUCAAUAAUAAUAUCAGAACACUUAGCCAAGGAGUCUUCUUCCCCCUUGGUAAUCUGGAGAUUCUCGAGCUAGGUGGAAAUAAUCUACCAUUGCUGAAGGACUAUUCGUUUGAUGGUCUAGGUAACCUCAAACAUCUUUUAUUCGUUAGGAACAGACUUCAGGAGAUAGAGAACGGGACACUUCAUGGUCUUGGGAUGUUAUUAAGUUUAGACCUUAACAACAAUAAAAUUACAGUGUUACCGCACGGUGUAUUCACAGGCCUAAGAAGUCUUACUGACCUGUCGAUGGAACAAAAUUUAAUAUCGUAUUUAACGGAUGGUUCGUUUUUAGGUCUCCAAAACCUCCAGUCGCUUCGACUAAGCAAAAAUAACAUCCAGGUGAUAGAGAAAGGGGCAUUUCGUGAUCUCGGCAAGCUAUUACGUUUAUAUCUCUCUGAAAAUCAAAUCACGGGUCUGGGGAUAGGUCGCUUUGAGGAAUUAUCUAACUUAAAGUAUCUCCAUCUUGACUUAAACAGCAUCACGGCGCUAGAGGAAGGUGCAUUUCGUGGAUUGGUUGGACUAGACAACCUUGACAUCUCAUCCAACAAAAUUGCAACUUUUUCGAGUGAAACAUUCACGGAACUAAACAAUCUACACACAUUGGACUUGUUUUCUAAUUUGUUCAACUGCACAUGUGCUUUGCAAGGGAUUGCUUCAUGGUUUAGCGCAAACCGACAAAUGAUUGCAGACGCCAGUAAUAUGACGUGUGACACACCGUCUAACAUGCAGGGGAUGGUUAUCCUGGACAUUGAUUGGUCUCUCUUGGGAUGCAGUACAUGGACAAGUAGCUCUACAAUUCCACCCACUGAGGCCACGAAUCCACCAGAUGACUCAUCUCUCUUAGAAUCCAGUACAUGGACAAGUAGCUCAGCUUUUCCAACCAAUGAGGCCUCGAAUCCACCAGAUGACUCAUCUCUCUUAGAAUCCAGAACAUGGACAAGUAGCUCAGCUUUUCCAACCAAUGAGGCCACGAAUCCACCAGAUGACUCAUCUCUCUUAGAAUCCAGUACAUGGACAAGAAGCUCAGCUUUUCCGACCAAUGAGGCCACGAAUCUACCAGAUGAUUCGACGCUCUUAGAAUCCAGUACAUGGACAAGUAGCUCAGCUUUUCCAACCAAUGAGGCCACGAAUUUACCAGAUGAUUCGACGCUCUUAGAAUCCAAUACUUGGACAAGUAGCUCAACAAUUCCAUCCAAUGAGGCCACGAAUCUACCAGAUGAUUCGUUGCUCUUAGAAAACAGUACACUGACACGUCGUUCAACAAUUCCACCCAAUGAGGCCACGAAUCUAAAAGAUAAUUCGUCGCUCUUAGAAGACAGUACAUGGACAAGUAGCUCCACAAUUCCACCAAACGAGGCUACGAAUCUACCAGAUGAUUCGUCGCUCUUAGAAAAUAAUACAUGGACAAGUAGCUCAACAAUUCCACCCAAUGAGGCCACGAAUCUACCAGAUGAUUCGUCGCUCUUAGAAAACAGCACACUGACACGUAGUUCAGCACUUCCACCUAAUGAGGACACUAAUCUCCCAGAUGAUUCGUAUUUCUCAGAAUGCGGGUGUAUUCGAUUCCAUGUUCUCGAACCAAAAACGAUGUACUUGAACGGGUCGAACACACGAGAACGCAUUCCGGAGCAAAUCCCGUACUCGAAUCCAACACCACCUCGGCUGCUGAUGCAGCGCGAACGAACUCACUGA